AUGGCCUUUGAUCCGGAUGCGUAUGGCAACCCCAUGGCCAGAAACAGGGAUAAUGGUGCAAAAAAAGGGCCAUCAGAGCUAGAUCGACACCCAGGCUGGCGUAUCCCUCAACACCCACCAGCUAGUGAGCGGUCUUCUGGGGUGUCAUGGCACUCUGCGCGAGGUGGAGGUUGGACACAAGGUCGAGGUGAGGAACAGAUGGCGGAAGCGGAGCUGGAGGGUGAAAUGACGUCUCUGGAUGUCCAGUCGACAGCACCACAAAAUGUUACAACAAAUGGGAAAGUCAAAGAGAGUAAGCCGGCGCGGUUUGUACCUCAGAACCCUGUGGCGACUGUCAAUGGCAACAACCACAAAUUCGAUGCUUCGGCAUAUGGUGAUCCCUCAAGGAAGAAAAUGACCAAGACAACAACCUACCCUCCGACAUGGAGACAAUCCCGAUCGAGUUCUGUCAAUACCCCAACUGGACAGCGAGAUGGUCGGCCGACGGUUGCAACCGCACCCACUGCCAAACCCCAACCUUCACCACCUCACGCGCAGCAAUACCGACCCACCUCCUGCGUCACACUCGAUGCAUCAAGAAAUCCGCCGGAGUCGACUGACAACAACACGCCUCAGCCGAAGAUAAAUGUUGACCAAGAAUCCCAUCCUAAAACCACUUCCAGCCGGAAUGAUUCGACGAAGAAGUCAGCGACACCUCGCCCGGAGACCUUUGAGACCCUCAAGCAAGGUAACGAAACACCACAACAACUGAUCGCUCGGCUCCAGGCUGAAGGUAAACGUGAUGUCUUCCAGAGAGUCAAACGGAAGGAUCAAGGUGAGAUCCCUACCAAUACGGGCCUGGCCCUAUUGGAUCUCCUGAGAAAACCCUUGCCUCCAGCCUCAGAUAAGCCUCAGUCGGACGCGUACACAGCUGAACCACAACGGAAAUCCUUGCCCAACAUUGAUCCAAGCUCGUCCUGGAAUCAGCCCCCAGAAGAGCCCCUCAGACCCACUAACCACCUACUCACAGAGAUGAAACAGGCGAACAAGGAACAGCGACACUGGGAGCAGGACAUGCAGAAUCCAGCGUUGUGGGAGCACGCAGCAAUUCAGUCUGGCAAUGACACCAGCAAUAUCCAGCUUCAGGGAUCAGAGCCAUCAUACAACACCAAGGACGUGCAAAAGACGACCGGGCUACGGGAUGAAUCUGAUGUGCGAUCGGUCAAUGACCGCGAUACGUGGAACGUGGGCGCAGCUCGGCCGGCGAAUGAGGUCACUGUACCCCUCAUACAGCAGUCCCAGCAAGGCGGUGAGGACAGCUGGGCUUUGAGGCAGAAUCCCGACAAAGCAGCACGCAGAGCCUCUCGCUGGGCGUCUGCUGCAGAUAUGAAGGCUUCCAAAGUUAAGACGGACAGCAACGCUGAGGGCUCAGAGGAAGUGGAAAGUGACGGCGACUCUACCAGACCCAUGGCUCGAGGGUUUGGUCGUCUCAUCCGCAGUCGAAAGCCUCCGGUGCCAGAAGAACGACUCGUCGGUUGGGAUGGACAGUUCUUGCCCCCUCCAACUGACUGGGAGUAUCGUCCACGGUUCUACAACAACACUCCCGAUUACAUCAGUGGUUUCGAGAACUGGCUCGGUGACGUUACAGUGCGUACCAUGUCGGAAAAGUCCGUCGCAGAACUGAGCUUCGGCGUCCUUCCCACUGAGCAAGUCGUAAACCUGGACAAUCACCCAGACGGAAUUGGCUUUGCUCCGAAAGAAACCGUCCUCGGUCCAAACAACUCUGAGCGUUACGGACACAGACUGAUCAAGCCAAUCAUGCCCGAUCCUCAGAAUCCAAUUGAUUUCGAUGGCGAUGCAAAGCUGGAUCUUUCAGACCCUGACAAUGCUCGAUACAAAGAUGAGACUGCACAACUUUACAUUGCCAGACGCAUGGCCCAGAUCAAGCAUGUCCAAAUGGAGGCAGAGGAGAAAGCAAGACUUCAACAAGAAGCAGAGCGUCGAGAACAAUUUGAGCUUGGAAUGGACGCCAAAGCAGAGGAAGACGACGCUGCCGUAUUUGGCGGGAGUAGCAAACCUUUGCCUCCUAUCACAAUCAAGAACAUUUACCUCCGCCCUGCCGUCCAAGCCGAUGCACCCGGAAUGAUGGAAAUCAUCAACUGGUACAUUGCCAAUGGAUUCCGUCCACCUGAACUCGCGCCUAUCAGCGAAGACGAUAUGAUUGAACGCAUGAGGAUGGCACAGCACGCUCGUCUCCCCUUCAUUGUGGCUGUCGAGCGUACUCGCAAGACCUCUCGUCCCAAAGGCCGCAGAUACCCACGGGUCAACCCGAACCACCCUAUUCAGAACAUCGACCCGGAUUACGUCGGUGUGACGCGCGAUGAGCCGAUCGUGGGCUGGGUGAGUGCUACAGACUGGGCCGCGCCCGACUACUGCGAGUGCAUCGCCGCCGAUCUAGAACUCUACGUCGCGGCCUCUUCCCGCAAAUCCGGCGUAGGCCGCUGCUUGAUGGAUGCGAUCCUGGACGCGACGGACCGGGGGUACAUGAAGAAAGGCGGCUAUGAAUUCCGCGUCGCCCCGGAAGUCAAGCAUAUGUACUCUGGUGGUGGCGGUCGAGAUCUCCACAAAGUGGUCUUUCAGGUCCGCUCGUACAACAAACCUGUCACGCCCGAACAGAUGGACAGAAUCCGUCGCUCAGCAAUGUACAUGCAUGAUCCGCCUCUCGAUCGCAACGCAUUCCGUCGAAACAGAGACCUGCACAGCCGUGCGCCGACUCCUGGCCUCUCUGCAGAUGAACGAGAACCUCCGAAGAAAGACUUCUCCAAGUCUGCGCGCAUCGACGAUCGGGAGGAUGACUAUGAGAUUUGGCUGAAAGACUGGCUUGAGUCAUAUGGCUUCGAGGAAGAGGCACGCCUGAAGAUGAUGGGCACCAAGCGUGGACGCUUCAUGGACGUGAGGUACCUGAGUCGCGAGACGUGCUGGCAGCCCAGCGAGGGGAGGAUCCCGGAUUUUACCCAUGGAUAUUGA